GAGUGAAAGAACUCUGCAGCUUGAAAGACAUUCACCACGUGUUUGCUGUUUGAGUAAGACUUGUUGAAAUCUUCUCACUUGUAUACAUUUCAACAAACGGGGGGAUAAUUUACAAAGAAACGGUGCUCACUGAAAAUCGACGGAUAACCACUUAGGAUCAAAGUACUCUGCCCAAAAUGGAGUUCAGCCUGAUUUUAUUCUCUAUUCUUUCUUUCACAACAUGGAUGAACUUGGUACAAGCAAUGACGGGACCUGUAAAUGCAUGUCCGUGUGUUUUCGUCUCUGAAACAAUAGUCCAUCAUUCUAAAAUUGAAAGGCACGUAAUACAGAAGGAAGGCAUCUGUACUAUUGAAGCAAUUGCGUUUUGGUUAACGAAUAGAAAGUUGAUAUGCUCGAAACCUGAUAACAAGUGGGCAAUAAAUGUGCUGAAGAAAAGACAGCAGAAAACAACAGUAACACCAAGAUCAAAAACGCCAGCAUCACCAACUUCAAUACUGUCAACACCUACAUCAGCCCCAGAAACUGAGCCAUCAUCCACACCAACAGACGCUCUAUUAGUGACAGCAACAGAACUAUCAAGCCAAACAUUAUUCCCAGGAUCAGAACCAACAUCAACACCAAAGACAACAGCACCAAGAUCCCAAACACCAUCAACACCAACAUCAGCACAGUCAUCAACAAUAGUAACAUCAACAACAACAUCAGCAGAGUCAUCAACAAGAGUAAGAUUAAGCUCAUCGUCGUCAUCAUCAUCAUCAUCAUCAUCAUCAUCAUCAUCAUUCCCAGGCUCAGAACAUACAUCAACAACAUCAACAUCAAAGACAACAGUACCAAGAUCCCAACCACCGUCAACACCAACAUCAACACUGUCAUCAACAAUAACAUUGAGCUCAUCAUCAUCAUUCCCAGGAUCUGAAUCAACAGCAACAUUAGCACCAUCAACAUUAACAUUCUCAACACCAACCUCAGCACCGUCAACAACUUUAACAGCAAUAUUACCAUUAACAUCAAGACCAAACAACCUUGCUACUGUGCCUAGUACAAGGACAGUAAGUGAUCGUAUACGAGCAACGUUCAUGGCCAGACGAAAAGCUUUCACACGAAGACGUUUUACAACAAGGAGGCGACCAAAAAAGAAUCUGAAGGCAUGGCAGAAAAAGUGUUCAAAGAAAUCGCUGUAAAUGCUGUCAGCCAAGUUUGUGCUACAAAAUAUCAAAUGCAAUACUAAAAUCCGGAGGCUUUCAAUACUAUGCAGCUCAUAAAACUUUAGAUAAACUGAGUAUAAAGGGUUCUAACACUUGCAAUUUUGUUUCCUUCCCUUUUUCUAUCUCAUUUUUUUUUGCAGCUUUUUCACAGCAAGUAUCUUAAACAUAAAUAUUGUAUUGUUACCCCUCCAGGUGUCCUGCGUGGGUAGAUAAUCAAAGCUAUAGCACAACAAAAUAAUUGCAAAGCUUUAUAUCUGCACAACAAUCCUGUAAAAAGUUAUAAAAUCAUAUUGUUUUUUAUAAAUCUGUAUGUAAAAUGAAUAUA